GAUGCCAGGAGCUCUCUCUGGGCGCUAUGGGAGGACUCUGGCGUGGGGCAUGGAGGCGCGUUACCUUCUGUGGCUGGCGCUGGAGUCACCCUGGGUCCCCGACCAAGGUUGCCGAGAGCGCAGCACCGUUUCUCAGGCCGGGAAGGAGUGGGACAGGAAGUGCUGAGAGGGGGCUGAGGCGGCUUGGGACAUGGAGGCGCCCGAACCCGGGCCCAGACCUGGCCCUGCAGGCGCCGCGGCGGCCGAAGAGCACGAACCCUUUCACACGCGCGCAGGAGGAGGACUGGCGGCGUCGGAACAAGACGGUCCUCACGUACGUGGCCGCCGCCGCCGUGGGCAUGGUGGGGGCGUCGUACGCCGCCGUGCCCCUUUAUCGGCUCUAUUGCCAGACUACUGGUCUUGGAGGAUCAGCAGUAGCAGGUCAUGCAUCAGACCAGAUUGAAAACAUGGUGCCUGUUAAGGAUCGAAUUAUUAAAGUCACCUUUAAUGCAGAUGUGCACGCAAGUCUCCAGUGGAAUUUUAGACCGCAGCAAACAGAAAUAUAUGUAGUGCCAGGAGAGACUGCACUGGCGUUUUAUAAAGCUAAGAAUCCUACAGACAAACCAGUAAUUGGAAUUUCUACAUACAAUGUUGUACCAUUUGAAGCUGGACAGUAUUUCAAUAAAAUACAGUGCUUCUGUUUUGAGGAACAAAGGCUUAAUCCACAAGAAGAAGUUGAUAUGCCAGUGUUUUUCUACAUUGAUCCUGAAUUUGCUGAAGAUCCAAGAAUGGUGAAUGUUGAUCUCAUCACUCUUUCCUACACUUUUUUUGAAGCAAAGGAGGGACAGCAGUUGCCAGUUCCAGGCUAUAAUUGAAGUCAGCACCUAAGUCCUGCUUCAGAUUUGUGAUUUUUGAAAAAUCAUGUAUCUACUCUUCUCAGGGGAGAAAUAUCCUACAGUAAUGUGAAGCUAUUUUAAAUAUUAUUUAAUGCUGUAUUUUUUUUUCUCAACUAAUUUACCCUACUUAAAAUUGAAUGGUUUCUAUCAUAAGGAGUCCACAUGCCUAUUUGAAUGUAUGGCUUUUCAAAGCCAUAGAGUAAUACAAGUAAUACUAAAAGUAAUAUUGAUAAGUAAUAAUAAGAGAAACUCCUGUUUCUUAAAUAUGUAGGCAUGGACUUGAUGGUUCAGAUUAAUUCUAUUUGCUCCCCUUACAGAUUAUUAGCCCUUCAUACUUGUAGCAGUGAAUAUUUUUGUUAUUCCUAGGGUUAUCUAUUUUAGACUCCAGGUCUUCUGCCCAUUUUUAUUAUUUCUAAAAUAGUCGGGUUACUACUUUUUUCUUUUAUUGUGAAUAGUCACUACUUUAAAAGCUCACGAUGGAAGAAGAAUCACUGAGCCCUAACAGCUUGCCUAGAGGUAACAUACUGACUUCAGAUUUGACUGUUUGUCCUUUAGGCCCUAGGGCUAUUUUAUAUUCUGAAAUUUUGGCAUCAUGAAAUGAAAUAAAAUGCACAAAUAUAUUAACUAGGAUCAUAGCAUUUCCUUUGAUAGUUCAGGUCCCUGAAUGUUAUAAUAUAAGUGUGGAAUUGUGAAGACUCAUAUCAGAAGUUCUAUGAAUAAACUCUGUUAAAAAAAAAAAAAAAGACGUAUUAAUUGUUUUAAUAGGAAUCUGUCAUUGUAAUUUAUGACAUAAAUGAAUGCACAAUUUAUUCUAAAUAUUUUCUAGUAGUGUUUGUUCCAAAUAGAGAUCAUCUAGUAUUACAAAGAAUUGUAUUUAAAGGCAACUUCAAUAAAGAGUCCAGUGACCUUUUCAAGGUAUCUGAAAUGUAAACUACAAUCAUGAAGGCUUUUACAAGUUAUAAUUCUAAACAAGUAUUAUUUAUAAAAAGUACAAAUUGACUUUUACAUUCAACUUAGUUAAAUGAAGGCACUCAAUAGUCUUCAUAAUUAUUUUGUAAUAAAAUAAUCUUCAUCUACUCUUAUCACAGCUGUGUGAGGAUUUCUUUUCUAAAAGUAGGAAGCCCUGUGAAACCGAAGCUGCUGUCAUUAAACUAGUUGGCCUCAGUUUCUUCUGUUGAAGUUUUAAGUGAAUAUAUGUUACAACCAAGUUCUUUUGAGAUAAAGUUUAAACUGUGGUCUGGAAGCAUAAAUAUUCCUGUGGAAUUGUUACUCUUCUGUGAAGCUUCAUUACUGCAGAGGAGAAAUGUUCCACUAAGCUUCUGAUGUGCUGGUAGGUCUUGUCUUCUGGGCCUCAAAGUUUCACAGGGUCUACCUUUUAGAGAAUUGGCACCUUUAAUGUAGUUAGUGAGCUGGUCAUCCGCCUUCCCCUAGAAUAGAAAGAAUAUAGCCGCCCUUCAACCUUUCCUUUUCUUUCCCCAUUCCUACAUAACAAGAGAGUUACAAUGUAAUGCAGAAAGGUGGGCAUGUACUACUUCAAUGGGGGUAGGUGUGAAGGGAAUAAAUAAGGUUAAUGGGUUACUGAUGGCCAUGCAUUCAUUAGUAAAUAAAAUAGGAUGACUGAUAUAACAAAUAGGAAGAAUCCAGGCCUAUCUGGAUGAGUAAUGAGUGGGUUUCACCAGUUAGUAGAUACUAACUGUAUGUAAAAAAUAAAGGUCUAUUUCAGUGCUUAAGAAGUUUCUAUUGAUCAUUAUUUUUGUUAGCAUUAAUAUUUCUGUACCAUAAACCAACUUCUACAUUCCAAAGGUUCAUUAUUUUUAGUAACAAGCUCACAAAAAUUGUAUUUCAUUAUAAUUUGAGUGAUUAGGAGAAACUUUUGUACUAAGAUUUCACUCAAAGUGUCAGACUCAGAUGGCCUUUAUAAAAUGUAAAUACUGAAGAAAAGGGACAAUUACACUGGAAUUCUAUAGAAUGGGGAAUGUAUGUUGUAUAAGUUGAAGUCUACCUCAGCAGUCACUUUGACUUUGAGCUCCUUUCUGCUGAUGAACAUCAAUUUCUUCAUAAACAGCUCUGAAACAAACAAACCAUCAUGGCAAAAGGGUUAUUAUAUUUCAAAGUACUAUUUUGGCUUUUAACUACCAACACCUUAACUAAAAAUCUGCCAUUUUAGGUAUUCAGGCUGCAUCAGUGAAUAAAAACAGAUCUCUGCCCUUGAAGCUUAUAUUACAUUAUAGCUUUCUUAGAGCGUAAUGUAAUUCCCAUGCAUCUUACAAAUAUGUAUCUCGUAUAACCAAUUCAUUUUAGUUGUGACUCAGUGAAAAAUGUGGCUCAAAUUUGGACAGUUUCCUCUCUGCUUUACCAAAAAAAAAAAAAAAAACCAAAACCAAAAAACAAAAAA